AUGACAAUACAAAUACAUGUUAUUCAUUACCAAAUAAUUGAUCACCUAAUAGGUAAACGAUUGAAUUGGGCAGAAAAAGAGUUUAGAAUAGCUGUUGUAAAUGAUAGAUUUAAAAAGUUGUAUUCAGAAAAGAUCAGUAUUGUAGAUUAUUCGUUGGUGUGUAGAGAGUGGUUCAACAAAUCGAUUUCCUUUGAAGACGUUGAUCGAUCUGUAUUGCAAUCUGUUAAUGUUCAAAUUGUCGAUUUAUCAUAUGAUAGUGACUAUGAUGAUCGAUCAAUCAUUGACUUUUCAGUAAUAAAUAAGUGGCGUGUCAAUCAUAUCUACUUCCAGUACGAUAAUAUUGGUCCGAUAUGUGGCGGUCCACACAUAUCUUUUUCAGAUUUAUUUGGAAUUAAGUCACUACAAUCUAUCGAAAUAAAAGAAAUCGAUUAUAUAGAUAUCAAAGACAUAAAGUGGAUGGUUAACGAUCAUUUGGAAUCAUUCAAAGUCGCGGCAGUACUGAGCCUGAUGGGUUAA